AUGGACAAACGGUCGAUGCACUAACUGUUGGAAAUGGCGAGGCAGUCACAGUUACCAUGACACCAGACAAUGUUGGGGUUUGGUUUAUAAAAAGUGGUCAGACAAACUUACAAGAAGAUGGAAUGAUCGCUACGUACACUGUAAAAGACUGUGGAAUCAAAUCAUAUGUACCAAAGUCAAUACAGUCAGGUGGUAAACUAUGGAGAUAUUACAUAGCUGCUGUAGAUGUGGAAUGGGAUUUCUCUGAAAGGAAAAUUCAUCCUGUCACACUUGGAGAUAUGCGAGAUCCAAACACAGAUGGUAAUGUUUAUAUAAGAGACAACAGGGAAUUCAUUGGAACGAAAUAUAUCAAAGCGGUUUACAGAGAAUUUACAGACGGAUCAUUUAAGCAUUUAGUAAAACGAAGUUUUAGAGAUUACCAUCUGGGUGUAUUAGGACCUUUUGUCCGAGUUCAAGUUGGUGAUACCCUUGAAAUAGUAUAUAAGAAUAUGGUAAAUUUUCCAAACACAAUCAAUAUGAGGAAUCUUAAAGGCGAAAACCACAUGGUGCGUGAGCAAGCAGAAAAUGGAGUAGCACCUGGUAAAACUGCAACUUUUAGAUGGUAUGUUCCAGAGAGAUCGGGUCCUGGUCCGUUUGACCCGAAUUGCGUUGGCCGAUCCUAUGAUUCUACAACUAAUCCUCUAAAAGACUCGAAUACUGGCCUUUUCGGACCUUUGGUAGUUUGUAGAAAAGGAGUACUUGAUAAAGAUGGUUACAGGACUGAUAAUGUUGAUCGUGAGUUUGCUCUAAACUUUGAGACCUAUGAUGAAACAAAAAGUCACUUUUUCAAGUUAAAUACUCAUGUAUACGCACCUGGACGACAAGAUUGUAAUAAUCCUACUUUUGUUGAAUCAAACCAAAAACGUGCAAUUAAUGGUUUUAUGUUUUUCAAUACACCUGCAAUGAAUAUAUCUGUCGGAGAACAGGUUUCCUGGUAUAUUAUGUCAACUGGAGAUAAAGCAUCUCAACAUUCCGUUAAAUUCAAUGGACAAGCACUUACCAUGAAUGUGUUUGGUAACACCAAACGAACAAGUGUUAUAAGUGUUGAGGCAGGCACUUAUUAUACAGCAGAAAUGCUUGCUGACCAUGCCAGCACAUGGCUCAUUAGUAACCAUGUAGGUGAAAAUAUGUUUAAAGGUGCAAUGGCAAGCUAUACCAUCACCAAAGAUCCUGUUCCAUAAAUUCACUUAAGGUCAUUAACAAUUUAACUCAACAUUGGAGCAGCCAACAUAUGAACAUUUUUUCUUAUUUGUAAACUUUUACGGAAAAUAUUUCGAUUGAUCUAUAGAACG